AGACGGGGAGGGAAGAAGAGAGAGAGGGAGUAUAGAGGGAUAUAUUGACUCAAAGCUGGUCUAGAUGCUCCAUAGAGUGUGGGAGACAGAGGAGGUGAGAGCAGGCAAGAUGGAGUGCUGGCACAGAUGAAGAUUGUCCCUCGUUAAACAGUCUAGAUGAGCGUGUCCAAGCCACCGCCACCGCCCUCCACCUCCCACCUAACCAUCCCCCCUCCUUCUGCCUCUGCCCCUUCCUCCUCCGCCUCCUCUCCCUUGGCAACGCCCCAUUCCACUGCUCCUCCCCCGCCCUCUCCAGUCAAGAUUUCUAUGCAGGAGCACUUUGCCAUAAAUGUUUGCCCGGGCCCCAUCCUCCCCAUCCCGCAGAUCUCUGACUUCUUCCCCCGUUUCCACGAUUAUCCCUGCACACCACCGCCCCCUAGGGAGAAGAAAAUCCUAAAAGAGGAGACCUUCAAUGGGGAGACGGGCGGAGGUCACCUGGAUGGGGAGAGACGAGGAGAAAACGAUGGCAAUGGGGAGGAGGUGUUGGACUCCGAUGAUGAUGACACCUAUCUUGGAACGCUCGAAUUCACGCUGUUAUUUGAUCAAGAAAACAACUGCCUCCAUUGUACUAUUCACAAGGCAAAGGGCCUGAAAGCCAUGGACUCCAAUGGGCUGGCUGAUCCAUACGUCAAGCUCCAUCUUCUUCCAGGAGCAAGCAAGGCAAACAAGCUACGCACAAAGACCCUGAAGAAUACUCUAAAUCCAGUAUGGAAUGAAACACUCAUUUAUCACGGCAUCACAGGAGCUGACAUGACCACAAAAACGCUCAGACUGUGUGUAUGUGACAUGGACAGACUUGGACGAAAUGAAUUCAUUGGAGAAGUGAGAGUGGCUUUGAAGAAACUGAAGGAGGGUGAAAACAAACGUUACAAUAUGGGCUUGGAGAGAAUUGCACAGAAUAAAGAAACUAACAACCAGUUGGUGGAUCAAGGAGCACUUGUUGGAGAAGAGGAGCGAGGCCGCAUCCUGGUGUCACUGUGUUACAACACAGAGAAGAGCUGCCUGCUGGUGGGGAUCAUUCGCUGUGCUCACUUGGCAGCCAUGGACUCCAACGGCUAUUCCGACCCUUUCGUCAAAAUCAUCUUGCAGCCAGACAUGGGCAAAAAGUCAAAGUACAAGACCUCAGUCAAGAAGAAGACUCUUAAUCCAGAGUUCAAUGAGGAGUUUUCAUAUGAUGUAUCCUUGGAUCAGCUGGCAAAGAAGACCCUUGAGAUCUCUGUGUGGGACUACGACUUGGGAAUGAGCAAUGAUUUCAUAGGAGGAGUGGAGCUGGGCAUCAAUGCAAGCGGACAAAGACUCAAACACUGGUUUGAGUGCCUCAAAAACAAAGGGAAGAAAGUGGAAUACUGGCACACUCUCACUCAGCAAGGAGCUCCGAGCACCGACAAGCCGGAUUAAAAGAUGCCAAACGCAGAUCCAAACAAAGACACUCACACGCACACACAGCUGUCUCACUGAAUGAUGGUUGAUGAAGUCCAAAUUGCAGUGAACUGACGAGGGAUAAAUAAUGCAAUAACAAAAAAGAGAAAAUUUAAUCCUAUAGUGCAAUUAAAAAGACAACACAAAGUAUUAGUAUAAAUAUAUAUACUAAUGUUAAUCAUAAUUAGUUGUAACCUGGCUAUAUUUUCCUUCCAAGGUAAACAAAAUUGUAAUGAUAAUGUCAUUAAAGCGUUGACAUUACAAAUCGUGGUAAAACGUCACCGUAUUGUGGAAGUCACUCAUACUCACCUAAUUUGACACCUAAUAGGCCGAUUUGAGGCUCAGAUGCUCAAAGGUCGUGGAGUGUCAUCGAGCUGUGCACCCUUGUGACUCAUAAUGUGACUUGUAGUUGCAGGAGUGGGAAUGUUGUCCAGAAGUCUGUUUUAGUGUCUGUCAAUCGGAUACAAAACAGCACAUCAUGUUAUACUGUAAAGCACAAUAUGAUCCAUUUGGUGGAUUGGUACCUUUACUUUUUCAGUAUUGUCUUUUUAUGGUCUGUGGUGAUCUGCCACCUUUUUGUCGAACGGUAAUUUGUCAGCAUGUGUGUUUGUGCGGCUGAAGAGGUUGUGAAAUAUGAGUGCCUACAUUUUUCUGUGUGUGCAGUUCUGUGUUUGUCUGUAUUCUGUUCAUGUCCUGUUCAAAAAAAAUAUUAUUAUGUCCAACUCCUUAACUACUGAGGUGUGAAAAAGCGUUUGACACGAGAUUAUAAAGAAGUUCCUUGCGACCGCCACAAGGCUCAGGAGUGUUUCAGGCUGUCAGAAACGUGGCAUGUCCCAAUCCCGCGGGGAUCUCAGCAAGGAAAUAUGUCCUGAUCCACAACGUCUGACUGCUCCUUUUGAUUGUUUGAUUCCAAACAAAAGAACAAAGUGGAUUGGAUAUACUGCACACUCCUGUACUUUGUCGCACCAUUUAUAAUUCAGAAUCCCAUUCCAUUAAAGAAAAUUUGCAGUUCACACCGUACGUGAUUCAAGUUCUGCUCCAACAGACAAAUGAUCCAACAUUUUCUUCCUGCAAGUCAAUGGUUUACAUCCUUAUUUGGAAAACACUAUGAAUUUUAUCAGUCUGCUUGUGUCUAUACAUAAAGUCCCCAAAAUAUCAACAGCAUGGCUGCACUUUGACGUAGAAGAAGAAAGCAAAAUAAGGUUGAAAAGGAUGAAAAUGGCUGCUGUAGUUGAUGUUCUGUUGAUCCCUCUACUCCUAAUCUGUUAGAAAUACUGGGUAAUUAAAUCUAUUAGAUCUAGAUUCAACUAAAUCAAGUUGCACAAUUAUUAAGCUGGAUGUAGGUUGUGCAUAAAAUGUGUGCAAAAAACAAAAUUAAUCAGAUCUGUUUGUCUGAAGAACUCAGUCACACAAAAACCCACUUAUGCCGCCAACUUCUGAGAGCUUUCCAACUACUGAAUCAAUCCAGCUGCUCAUAUCCUGCUGUGUCCUUCAAUAACCUUGUGAAUGUUUGACUGCAGCUAUGGUACCCCUCAGUGCUGGGUUAAGUUUUAAAAAGGGUAUCAUGAAAGCUUGAAGAGGUUUAAACUAUAUUUUCCGUCAAAAACCUUUAAAAUGUGGGGAUGGGAAAAAGGAUGUUGGGCUUGUUCUGCACUUUCUCUAUGCAUAUUUGAACUCCCAACAUGUCAGCAGUGAGAUAAUCAAACCAAAACAACAAGUUUGUGUUGUUUGUAUCGGCGGUCACCUGCCGAGUUAUUUUCCCUUUUGUUUGCUGGAUGACAGCAUUCUAAUAGAGCUCCUGUUUAUAGCUGGAUGGUUGCUCAUUUCUGUCUCUGGAUCUGUUGUUUACCAUUAGGUUUUCUGAUUCUUGUCUAUUAACACCCCCCACCCCCACCCAUUUGGCUUAUAUUUAUCCGCAAUACCGCUGCAUGUUUAGCAAUCACCUUCUGCUUGCAUGAAAAAGGGGGUGCAGCCUCUGCACAUCAUUCUGAUGAUUUUAAAGUGCUUUUUUUUGUGUGUGUUUGUUUUUGUGAAGAUGACAAUUCAGGGUAUUUCUGCUCAGUUGCUGUGCUUUAUGAAAGCAAUGUCUUGCUUUGACAAACAAAACCUUUACUGUCACAGACUUUGAGACGUCUUCCUUAAAUCAGCGUAAGUGGUGAUGAUGCAGCGGGAGGGCUGACAUGGGGAGCGAGAUGGGGGGGGGAGUCAUGAUAGCUGUCCCUGUGUGUUCAUUGUCCGUGUCGAUUCCCACAGUAUGGCUGCCAUCCUGUGGCUGGCUCGUGUCACUACUUUGCAAAAUAAACUGAAGCUAUCAGUGGC